CGGAGCACAGUCGAAAAUGACAGGGGCGGGUUGUGGCGAGUUCGCGCAGGACAUUCUUGCAGAGAGAAUGGAGAAGUACGCCCGGGCUAGUGGGCACCCGCGUUUGGUGGAAAUCCUGUCGUGCCACGUCGACGAACAGAAGGACAAGUUCACGCUCAGCGACGACGAGGACCAGGUGUCGAAUGUGGGCGACGUCGAAUACACGGAGAAAUUCGACAACAGGGACGCUGAUUCUAUCUUUCGCUCGCCGGUCGCCAGUAUCAGCGGACACGAGAGUUUCGAUGAUGAUGCCAGCGACAACGGAAGGGAGGAGAAGAAGGAGCUAUGAACAGAACAAAUUCCAUUCAUGCCAAGACCUGCUGGGGAUAGGCAGUGCCUGGGUACCAUUCCCUCAAGCCGUGUGUCCGCGUACGGCGCGCAUUAGUGUAGAGUAUUGAUUGUAUUUUUUCAACUUCAAGCUUUAAUCUUGUCUGUUCUACAACUUUACGAAUGUUCUCUUAUCCACGUGCAACAUGGUCAAUUUUUGUGAGUCUCAGGAAGGCAGGUAGCAGUAGUGUCGCUGGCUGUAGUGAGGCUUCAAUCAAAGAAUAUGUCUAUGAGACAUUCGAUCAUUCGUCGCUCGUCUUAUUCGGCAUUUCAAAUGUUCAAAUGAUUGAAUAGCCUCGGGUACAUAGGUUCUUGUCCAAGGGAUGCCAGGGGAUGCUCCACUGCUGUGUAUCUGGCUAGGCAUCAAGGGACAGCAUGAGAAUAUAGAGAGAUGCUCUGCAAUUAUGUGCUUUAGCAGUCGAUUGAAUAUGUGUGACGCUGAAAGAAGAAUAGAAACAGAGACAUUGAGGUAAGAAGACUGGGAAAGCGCAGUACCAG